AUGGACGUGUUCGCUGUUCCUGCAGACAGGCAGAAAGGAUGGUACCUUUCCCUCAUGGCCCCCAACACAAAGGGGCCCCAGUUCGCCUGGCUGGACCCGUCCAGACUUUACUGCAACUCCCAGGCUCUUGCGGACUGUGUGAAUGACCUUGCUGGCCCAUUUCAGAGCGACAUUGUUGACCUGGUUGCUGGGAUAGAUGCCAUGGGGUUCAUUCUGGGAGCAGCCAUGGCCAACAACCUUGGAAAAGGUUUCCUGGCGAUCCGUAAAGCUGGUCAUCUGUGCGUCCAGAGCCAGAACCAGAACUACUCUGACUACUCGGGCAGAGAAAAGACCAUGGAAGUAAGGGUGGAUGUGCUGAAACCAGGUCUGAGGGUGCUGUUGGUGGACCAGUGGAUCGAGACCGGAGGAACCAUGAAGGCUGCCAUCCAGCUGGUGGAGAGCCUGGGAGCCACAGUUGUAGGUGUCGCCGUCGUGGCCAUCGAGAACACCGAAGGAGGGAAGUGGAUCAAAGAAAACUACAAGUUCUCUCACUGCAUCCCCCAAGAGCUGCAGCCGCAGAUCGAUGGAAAACAUCUGGCCUCCUUUAAAAACCAUAAAAAAUUAAACUAAAAUCCUGCUAAGACGAAAAAAGUGAGGGGACAU